AGCUCCGAGCCGCUUCCCGACCGUGCGUGUGUUGCUUUUAGGUGGGGAAGAUGCAGGGCAACAAGGGGUUCAACAUGGAGAAGCAGAACCACGCUCCGCGCAAGCAGCACCAGCAGCACCCGCCGCCGUCCAUCCCCGCGAACGGGCAGCAGGCCAACAGCCAGAGUGAGUCCCGGGCCCGCCGCGGGGGCCCGCCCGGCCCCGCUCUGGAUGAAGGCCUGACUAUUGACCUGAAGAAUUUCCGGAAACCCGGUGAAAAGACCUUCACCCAAAGAAGCCGCCUCUUUGUGGGGAAUCUGCCCCCAGAUAUUACAGAGGAAGAGAUGAGAAAGUUGUUUGAGAAGUAUGGCAAGGCAGGGGAAGUCUUCAUACACAAGGACAAAGGCUUUGGUUUUAUCAGGCUGGAAACUCGCACUCUGGCAGAGAUUGCCAAGGUGGAACUGGACAACAUGCCUCUCCGUGGGAAGCAGCUCCGAGUGCGCUUUGCCUGCCACAGCGCCUCGCUGACAGUCAGGAACCUGCCCCAGUUUGUGUCCAAUGAGCUCCUGGAGGAAGCCUUCUCAGUGUUUGGCCAGGUGGAAAGGGCUGUGGUUAUUGUGGAUGACAGAGGACGAUCCUCUGGGAAAGGCAUUGUGGAGUUCUCAGGGAAGCCUGCUGCUAGGAAAGCGCUGGAUAGAUGUAGUGAUGGGUCUUUCCUGCUGACUACAUUCCCUCGCCCUGUCACUGUGGAGCCCAUGGACCAGUAUGAUGAUGAGGAGGGUCUACCAGAGAAACUAGUCAUCAAAAACCAGCAAUAUCACAAGGAGCGUGAGCAGCCUCCUCGGUUUGCACAGCCUGGCAGCUUUGAAUAUGAAUACGCCAUGCGUUGGAAGGCUUUGAUAGAGAUGGAGAAGCAGCAGCAGGAACAAGUAGAUCGCAACAUCAAGGAAGCUCGAGAGAAGCUGGAAAUGGAAAUGGAAGCAGCUCGCCACGAGCACCAAGUGAUGCUCAUGCGGCAAGGUACCAGAUAUGAUGCAGAUGGUUGGUGUUUGUUGUGCCGAGCAUCCCUGGACUUUCUUUACAGGCAAGAGGAGGAGCGCAGGCGCCGUGAGGAGGAGAUGAGAAGGCAGCAGGAAGAGAUGAUGAGACGCCAGCAGGAAGGCUUUAAAGGGAACUUUGCUGAUGCGAGGGAGCCACCAGACAUGCGAAUGGGACAGAUGGGUAUGGGAGGUACCAUUGGCAUGAACAAUAGAGGAGCUAUGGGUGGUACCAACGUCCCAGCUCCUGCACCUCCUGCUGCUGGCCCUGGAGCUAUGAUCCCUGAUGGAGCCAUGGGAAUGACUCCACCACCACCUCCAGACCGCUUUGGCCAGGGUGGAGCCAUGGAGGGCCUUGGAGCCAUGGGAGGGAACCCGCCUGCCUUCAACAGAGGAAAUCCAGGGGGAGAUUUUGGCCCUAACAAGCGUCGCAGAUACUAACAGGAUUAAGCUAUCCCCUGUACACGCCCCAAAGAAAGAAAUCUUGGCAGGGCACACAGGGCUCAACUUGGAGGGGGGAGGGGGGACAUUUUAAAGAUAGUUAAUUAGGGCCUGUUUUGGUAAAGCCACUCUAGGACAAGGGGAGUGCAGUCUGACUGGUAAAGGUUUUAGAAAAUUUCAUGUGGUGCAUUCCUAAUUUCAAAGUGAAAAAUGGAUUCUGGGAGGCUGCCGUGGUUCAGUAAUGGUAAAAUCUUGCAAGGACCCUAAUGCCUUGACCAUUACAGGUUUCCCAUUUGCAGCUGAAAUCAUGAGACUAAAUUAGAUAAAACUUCAGUAUGUCUUGGCAUUCUUUUGGUGUAGUGUACCUUGCUUAAGAGCACAGAGGGGUCUCUGGAGAACUAGGGCAGCAUUUGGGUACUUUGCAGCUCCCAUGAUUUUGUAAAUUUAUAUAGCUCCAAAUGAUCCGUCAUGUAGUGACUUGGGGGAGAUUUUGUUUGUUUCUUAUUUCUUUUUUUUUUUUUUUUCCUCCUAACUUGUUAGUUACUCUUUUUACCUGGACCAUUUGUUUCUUUGAAGUAGUUGACAGUCGUGCAGCCUGAAUGGCUGGGAGGUUCUUGUUUGGAUGGAUUUUUUUGAUAACGUGUUGUAUCUCUUUAUUUUUACUGGUAGUAAAGUACAAUCUAUUGGAUAAAGAUACUGUAUCUCAUGCUGAAGAUUUAACUGAAACAAAUGUUUGUAUAAUCCUAACCUUGCCUGUCUUUUGUGUAGGAGUACUACAAGAUUUUUCAUUUAGUGUAAACUGUUUGAACACAAACUGUAAUUGUCCCACUAAAAAGUUCGAGUUUGUCUGAGGAAUGUUACAGGAAUGCAUUAUUAAAGUGGA